ACAGAGAAUGUUUAUAUUCAAGUCAAAAUGGCGAAGGGUGGGACAAGAUUAAACUGAAUUUGCUCAAAUCAUGGGAGCGAAUGAAUCGCACCUAGUUAAGGAAAUUGGUUCUGAUCAGUUCCCCCCCAACGAACAUUUCUUUGGAUUAAUUAAUUUUGGUAAUACUUGCUACUGCAAUUCUGUUCUGCAAGCUUUAUUUUUCUGCCGUCCAUUCCGAGAGAAAAUUCUGCAGUACAAGCAACAACAGAAAAAUCAGAAGAAAGAAACAUUAUUAACCUGUUUAGCUGAUCUAUUUCAUAACAUUGCCAAUCAGAAAAAGAAAGUUGGCACAAUUGCUCCAAAGAAAUUUGUUCAACGUCUUCGAAGGGAAAAUGAUUUGUUCGAUAACUACCUACAACAAGAUGCGCAUGAAUUCUUGAAUUAUUUGCUGAAUACGAUAGCCGAUCUACUACAAGAAAAAUCUUUAACUUCAAAAUCUGCAAAAGGCAACAACCUUUCUAAUCAUUCAUCAGCUGCAAAUGGUAGUACUGCCAUGGCUAAUGGACCAUUGCUGAAUAAAAAUGAAAUAGUGCCACCAACAUGGGUUCAUGAAUUAUUUCAGGGAACCCUAACGAACGAAACCAAGUGUAUGAAUUGCGAAACGGUUAGUAGCAAAGAUGAAGACUUUCUAGACUUGUCUGUUGAUGUCGAACAAAAUACAUCCAUAUCUCAUUGUCUAAGAGGAUUUAGUAGUACCGAAACACUUUGUGCUGAAUAUAAGUACUAUUGUGAAGUUUGUUGCAGUAAACAAGAAGCUCAAAAACGAAUGCGAAUAAAGAAUCUACCUCAGGUCCUCGCCCUCCACUUGAAGCGAUUCAAAUAUGUGGAACAAGUCAAUAGAUAUACAAAAUUAAGUUACAGAGUUGUCUUUCCAUUAGAAUUACGAUUGUAUAAUACAAGCGAUGACGCUGUAAACAAAGACAGAUUAUAUGAUUUGGUUUCUGUCGUCGUUCAUUGUGGAACAGGACCAAAUAGAGGCCAUUAUAUUAGCAUUGUUAAAUCACAUGGCUUAUGGUUAUUGUUUGACGAUGACAUGAUUGACAAAAUUGAACCAUCGACUUUUGAAGACUUUUACGGUCUCGCUCAAGAUUUCCAAAAAGGUCAAAGCGAAAGCGGAUACAUUCUUUUUUAUCAAUCUCGUGAAAUAUGAAUGUUCAAAACAACCUGCAUUUCUACUUCAACUGUCUGUAUUGUUGACAUUCUCGUUUUGUUCAUAAUAACUUAAGCCUGUGAUUGAAUUUUAAUUUUUUUCUUGAACACUUGUAACACUAUCAUGCAUGUACAUAAAUUGUAUAUUUGAUAUUUAUAAGUCAUAGCGAUAUAUCAUUGGAUAGAUUCAAUGGACACUUGUUUCACGUACUGCUGUUCAUUCUGAAGAAUAAAAGAUCAGGAUUUGAUAACUGAUAGUAUUAUUCAUUGUUUUCAUUAUGAUGCUUUAUCAAUUGACUUCCACGUAGGUUUUUCUAUUUUUUUCGAAACUCCUCUGAAAACUGGUAUAAAUAAUAUUGUUUGAAAGUUUUACUUAGCUAGAAAAUGGGUGCCUUUAAUAUUUUAACCCAUUCUGUCUCACUAAUCGAUGGAGCAGGACUGCUAUUUUUAGCAGUAUAUUUUGUAUCCUUUUCAAUAUAUUUGUAAUCAAUUUAUUAUUUAUAUUGAUAUAUCUAGAUAUAGUUAAUUUUUAUUAUAUAUCUCCCUAAUUUCGUUCACGUUUUUUAUAAGUGUCAUUAUUUCUUAACUUGUGAAGACUAUAACCCUUUCUGAUUUAGAAUGCGACUACCUGAAUGCACAACAAUGCUGUCAAAAGUUAAACAGAGUUUGUAGCAUGUCUUUAGUAUUUUGUAUCCCCUUGAGAGUAAUUAUACCGACAUUCUUCUGCUUGAAGUUAAUAGACUGCGAAAUGGAAAGAUGUAAUUAGAAUUUUUGAUACAUUUCUUUUAUCUUAUUUCUAAAUAUAUAUCCAUCGAAAGUUUAUCUGAUAAAAAAAAAUUAGUCAUUCGUCACAAGCAGAUUCAACUUGGUCAAUUACAUAAAGGGGGAAGGAGAAGAAUAUUACUUAUUAUUAACCAAAUUUUCUGUUAUUUACUCUGCAGUGCGUUUUACCAGAACUGCUUGCUCAUAGUUUGAUAAUGGUAAUGCUUAUAUUCAACUUUAAUUAUAAAAUAUUUAUAGUAAACGCGCCUCUAUUCGGCUAUAUCGCUUACACGUAUUUGACCAAACCUCCAGGACAAAUAGGCAUAUUCGAUCCUUUAGAAAUACAUAACAAACAACAAUUGAAGAACCAUAUCAAAACUGCUAUAGUUAAACUCGGCUAUCAUCUCAUCCUAUUCUUUAUUUAUCUUUACGGACUUAUCUUCGCCUUGCUAGGAGAAUAAUGAAAAUGAAGAGUUAGCACAAAUGAUAAUUAUAAUUUCAAUAACUUUAAUAAUUUUUUUUCCUCAUAUCUUCUUUUCUAUCAUCAUUUCUUGCCUUUUUUCAAUUAUUGAAAGAAAUCCAUUAAAGAUCAAAAAUUGUCAGUCAAAGAAUGUGAAAGUGUUUUUUUUUAUACAUCAUUUUUUAUGUGUUAAUUUUUGGAUUACAAAUAAUGACUAUUGAACACAAGGA